GAGAGAGAGAGAGAGAGAGAGAGAGAGAGAGAGAGAGAGAUAUCUUGUUUUGGUAUGAGUAUGAACUAUACUAUAGGGGAGGCUCUCAAGCCAUUUAUAGAAUAGCUAUGUUGGCCUAUAACUGGAAAACUAAUACUCCCUCCGUUUUUUAAAAUAAGUCGUUUUACAGCUAAGCACGUAGAUUAAGAAAACCAUUAAUUUCUUAUAUUUUCUAAACAAAAAUAUUAUUAAUUAUUUACCUAACCACAAUUCAACCAAUAAAAAAUAGAAGAUAUAUUAUCAUUGGUCAUACAACAUUAAUUAUUAAUAAAUUUUACAUAAAAAACCAAAAACGACAUAUAAUUUGGAACAAAAAAAUUUCUCUAAAACGACUUAUAUUAAAAAAUAGAGGGAGUAUGGAAUUAAAAAAAUCUGUGGAAUGCACAAUUAUAAUUAAAAAAAAUAAUCUUUUGUUGAAUAUACAGAAGAGAAAAACAGUUUUUAUAAAAAUAUUCAUACGUGUAAGAAAUGAAUUUAAAUAUUUAUUUUGUUUAAGACUAAAUUAAUAAAUAUAUAUUUUUGGUUUAAGAAAUAUAUUUAUUUAUUUUCAUUAUGUUUAUUGAUAUUUAUUUUAUUAUGUUGAUUCCUCCUAUAGGUGGUUUUAGUUACAUCAAUGGUUUAAUAUUUUAUUAAUAAAAUUCUAACAAAAAUAUUUUAUAAAUUUUCAAAAUUAAGACCACAAGUUUUUGUUUGUUGUGGGGCCCUUUAUUUAUUCAUUUAUUUCAUGUGUGUGAAGGAUUAAAUUUAGAAGCCAUUUAUAGCGUUUUGUCGUCCGAGGUAUAAGGAAAUAUCAUAUUCGAUUAACAAACAACGUUACAACCAUUUUUUUAUUUUUAUUUUCUCGCGCUGUUAUAAUUACUUGAUACAUUUCGGGGAUUUUUUAGCUGAGUUUAGUUUUCGGGUAUUUAGCAUGUAAACUAUACGAAAACAGAGUAAAUGCUUGAUAGAAAAAAACGAAUAAACGUAAAAAUCAUCAGGGUCGACCACCUAUUUCCCCACGAGAACUAUUGUAUAUUGCUAUAUGUCUCUGAAACUAUUACUUCUAUCUAUUUGUCCCCGAGAAUAAAGUUCCAGUCCUAUUUCCCUCCGAAUAUAUAGUUCGAAACCUAUUUCUCUCCAAUCAUCAAAUUAGACGGUUAACUAUCGGUUUACUGUUUUAACCUAAACCGUAAACCACUUAAAGUUGAUAGUUAACCAACUAAGAUCCAAUUAAGAAGGAUUUAAACCCGAUUAAAGAUCCAGCCUUACUACUCAAAAAAAAAAACAAAGCCAACGUAAUUAACGUAAACCCAGAACCCGACCUUUCAGAAAAUCCCCAAAUUUUUUACGAAGAAGAUGAGUUCAAUGGCGUUAGGCUCUGAAGCUGUAGAAUACGCAGAAGAUAAAUUCGACGAAGAAGCUGUGGAGAGAGACGAAUUUCAAAUCGAGCAAUUGGUUGAGGACUUCGUCAACGAGCCUUCAAUUCGACACGAUGAGGUUCCAGAAAGUGAAAGUGACAGCGAUAACGAGGGUAAAGAGGAUGAGAGAGUUUCGAAACAGAGGUCGACGAACUAUGCGAAGCGUGGUAACAGAACACUGUACAAAGACCAGAGAUUCUUCAAUGGAGUAGCUUUUAAGGAAUGUGUCCUUGAUUAUGCACUAAAAUCAGGCAGAAACAUUAAACAGUACAAGUACGAUAAAGACAAGAUUGGAUUUAAAUGUGUUGGUGGAGUUAGCGAAGGUGAAGCUUGUGAAUGGAAAGUGUAUGCAUCCAUCCUACCAAGUGACAAUAUAUGGAAAGUUAGGCUGUUUGUAGAUAAACAUAGGUGUGUUCACAAUGGAUCUUGUGAGAUGUUGAAGGUUCCACAUAUUGCUAGGUUGUUCGUCGAUAGCAUUAGAGAGGAAACAGAGUAUUAUAUGCCCAUGAAAAUAGAAGAAAAAAUUAAGGAGAAGUGGGGACUCACAGUGUCGAGACCGCAGUGUCAGGUAGCUAGGAGUAAGGCGUUGAAGUGGAUUGAAUUUGAAUAUGAUCACCAGUUUGCAAGGCUCCGUGACUAUGCGGCAGAGCUUAUUCAGUCAAAUAGUAACUCGACAGUGGAGAUUGAUACAUUGAAAAAUGACAAAGGUGAAGAAGAGUUUAACAGGUUUUAUGUUUGUUUUAAUAAAAUCAAACAAACCUGGAAAGAGACAUGUAGACCACUGAUAGGGAUGGAUGGUUGCUUCUUGAAACACAAAGUCAAGGGUCAGUUUUUGGUUGCAUUAGGAAGAGAUGCAGAUAAUGCUAUAUAUCCGAUAGCUUGGGGUGUUGUCCAAGUCGAAAAUAAUGACAACUGGUUAUGGUUUGUGAGUAAAGUGAGAGACGACUUGGGACUGAAGGAUGCAGUGAUUUUAUCUUGGUUUCAGAUCAGCAAAAGGUUUGGAUUAUACCUUAGAUUUUCUGUUUUCUGCUUAUGUUAGACGAUUUGGGACUGAGAUGGUGUUUCUUUUUAAGGAUUGAUAUACGGUGUCUCAUUAGCGCUACCAAAGAUUGAGCAUAGAAUGUGUGUCAGACAUAUCUAUGGUAAUCUGAAGAAGAAACAUGGGAGUAAAUCAGACAUGAAGCCAUAUAUAUGGAGUUUAGCAUGGAGCUAUAAUGAAGCAGAGUUCCAACAAAAUUUGGACAGAAUAUUUAAUUAUGAUUCUGAAGUGUAUGAUGAUGUUCAGAAGAUGAAGCCAAGGACUUGGUGUAGAGCUUUUUACAAGAUAGGGAGUUGCUGUGAAGAUGUUGAAAACAACUCAACUGAAUCUUUCAAUAGCACUAUAACAAAAGCUAGAGAGAAGCCAUUUGUCCCAAUGCUUGAGACUGUUAGGCGACUUGCAAUGGCACGCAUUGCUAAACGUUCUGAUGUCUCUCGUGGUCACAAAGGUAUUUGUACACCAUAUGUUGUAGAUUUUCUCGCAGCCGAGCAUAAAGAUGCUUCAAAAUGCAUCGUGACAAGAAGCACAAAUGGGAUGUAUGAAGUAAAGCUUGGCUGGUGU